AUCCUCCACUGAACGGGGAAACAGGAAGCACCAAUGAAUGCCGCGCUGGCGGUCUAUGCCGUCUUUAACCCUGUGACUAUGCAACCUCCGGCAAGUAACCGGAAACGACGCGUUUUCAAACGCCUCCGCGGUGUCGAACUUCUGCUUCCGGGUGAUAGGUGGUCGCCAUGGCGGUGCUGGCUUCUAACCCUAACAACCCAGUGGUGUUCUUCGAUGUCACGAUUGGCGGCCAGGAGGUCGGCCGCAUGAAGGUGGAGCUCUUCGCCGACGUGGUGCCCAAGACGGCGGAGAAUUUCAGGCAGUUUUGCACAGGUGAAUUCAGGAAAGAUGGUGUUCCUAUUGGCUACAAAGGCAGCACUUUUCACAGGGUUAUAAAGGACUUCAUGAUCCAAGGAGGCGAUUUUGUAAAUGGAGACGGCACUGGCGUGGCGAGUAUAUACCGAGGCCCUUUUGCAGAUGAAAACUUCAAGCUGAAGCACUCGGCUCCUGGCCUGUUGUCCAUGGCAAACAGUGGCCCAAGCACCAACGGCUGCCAGUUCUUCAUCACCUGCUCCAAAUGUGACUGGCUGGAUGGAAAACAUGUUGUCUUUGGUAAAAUAAUUGAUGGGCUGCUUGUCAUGAGGAAAAUUGAAAACGUGCCCACUGGUCCAAAUAACAAGCCCAAGCUGCCAGUGGUGAUUGCCCAGUGUGGUGAGAUGUAGAAGAGGGCAACUGUCAAGGUUAGUCUUAUUUCCAUCUUGGAUCAUCAUCACUUCCUGGUUCCUUCAUGCUUGUUUCCUGUGGUGCCUCAUCUACCCACAUUUCAAACUAAUAUUUUUUCCUCAUUGUAAAUAAAGGGAUUUGUUUUAA